AUGCAUAAUCUAAGGUUGCUUAAAAUUUAUAAUUUUGAUGAGGAAGAGAAAUGCAAACUGAAAUUUCCUCAAGGUCUUCAUUGCCUUCCUGAUGCACUUACAUAUCUAUAUUGGGAUGGAGAUCGUCUUAAAUCUUUGCCAUCAUAUUUUAGUCCAGAGAACAUUGUUAUCCUUCAAAUGCCUAACAGCCAACUUGAGGAACUUUGGAAUGGCGUUCAGGAUCUUGGGAAGUUAAUAGAGAUGGAUCUUAGUCACUCUAAGCACUUGACUAAAAUCCCAGACCUUGCUCACGGUCCGAACCUUGAGACUAUAAAUCUUGAAUACUGUAUAAGUUUGCUUCAACUUCCUCCAACUCUGCAAUAUCAUUGCAAGCUCAGUUCUUUGAACCUGAGAUGCUGCUCAAAACUUAAGAAACUUCCAGAGCUAUCCAGGAAUUUGAAAGAGUUAGUUUUGGAAGGAUGUACAGAAAUAAAAGAAGUUCCCUCAUCAAUUGGAUCUCUGGACAAACUCGAGUCUUUGAAUCUUCACAACUGUAAAGCCCUUAUGAAUCUUCCAAGCAGCACUAGUAAUAUGGAUUCACUCAAAUCUCUGAGUCUCUUUGCCUGUGCAUCCAUUGACAUGUUUCCAAGUCUUCCAAGGUUUCUAAAUCGGCUAGAUAUAAGUGGAACCACGAUAAAGGCAGUGCCAUCAUCAGUAGACGAACUGUCUGGUCUAGUUAAGUUUUAUCUCAAAGGUUGCAAAAGGCUUGAGAGUCUCCCUACUCGCAUUUAUAAUCUAAAAGCUCUCACAUUUCUUUCUCUCUCUGGAUGCUCAAAAUUGAGAUACAUUCCGGAAAUAUCAGAGCCUUUGGAAAGUUUACGCUUCCUCCAUUUGGAUGAAACAAGAGUUAAAGAGCUACCCUCUUCCAUUGGAAAUCUAAAGGGGCUUAAAGAAUUGAACCUUGACAACUGCUGCAAGCUUAAAGCUCUACCAUACAGCAUCAAUAAAUUAAACAAUACAGAACACUUUUCCUUGUUUGGCUGCUCAAAACUUGAAAAAUUCCCAACUUUAUCAACUUCUUUAGCAAAUUCGGAUGCAUGCCAACAUAACCUGGAUUUAAAAUUUUUCAAUUGUAUGAAGUUGGAUCAUGAAGCACGCAUGGGAAUAAUGGCUGAUGUACAUAUCAGAAUUUUGCGUAUGGCAGCUUCUACAUUAAAAGCUAAGAAUGAAUUUCCAUUCUUUGCAUCACCCUUGUUAAGAAUUUGGUGUCCAGGAAAUGAAAUUCCAGAUACAAGUUAUUCUUUGCAUCACCCUUGUUAA